GUUGAGGAAAAACGGAGCAGAAGAGCGAAACAUGGCGACUUCGAACAAUCCGCGGAAAUUCAGCGAGAAAAUCGCUUUACAUAACCAGAAGCAGGCUGAGGAGACGGCGGCGUUUGAAGAAGUGAUGAAAGACCUCAGCAUCACUCGGGCAGCGAGGGUAACGAUACCGAUUUUGUGUUUUUUAACCCCUACCUGUUCUUGGUUUGUUUUCAGCGAGCUGUCAAAUAUGCAUUUGUAGCGCGCGGCAGCUGCACGCAGUCAGGACAGAGGAGGUAAACAAUAACAAACGACGCUUCCUGCCAGCUGGAGCCUUUUCCCCCGACAAGACUGUAACAGAGCGGAGGAGAGAGGGAAUAACACUCUUGUGGUUGUAAUAUAAACGUUUAGGACCGAUGUCCGAAAAAAGUUAAUUUCAAUUUUUGCCCCACGCAAGUGAAAAGCAAAGGGGCGUGCAUGCGUAUUUGACAGCGCGCGCUCAACUGCAGCGAUGAUUUUCAGCUCGUCUCGUGCGCUCAGAGGAGAGGCGGUUAUAUGAAUCGACGUUUCUCGGUGCGAUAGAUAACGUACACAUAAUUACUAUUAAUUAAUAGCUUGUAGUAAAUCAAUGUUUGAAUGUUAUUGAUAUACGCUCAGGUGUGCUUUCGCCGUGGCUCUGUAAACUUGUCUGACAGGUCCUCAGGCCUGUGUGUUCUGCUGCAUAAAUGACAUUUACACCAAAGAUGAAGCCAAGCAGAUUAUGUGGAAUCUAAGCCACAUACAACACUGUCCAAAAUAAAUCCUAUGGAGGCAGGGCCAAUGUAGUAAUUGCUGCUGAGAGGAAGCAGGAUGGAAAAGCGGACUACUACUACACAACAAAUACUUCCUGUUAUACAUGAACUGACAGUAUACAGAAGAGGAAUAUUCAUGAGGGAAAAUGUCCCUGUUUUCAUCCCGUAAAGUGGAGCUGACAAAGGACUAUUUUUAGUCAGGUGGUCCAAGAUUUUCAAAUUCAGUUAUCACUACAGGCAAUAAAAGACAACAAAAGAGUAAAAAAUCCACCAUCUCAUUGGCGUCUACACAGAAUCCCCAAGUGGACAAGCAUCUAUACAUUUAUUUCCAGUUGUUUUUCUCAAGAUUGCAACUUAUUAUUCUCCUUAUAUGUAGAGAACAGCACCACGUUCUCCUAUCAUAUUGUCUAAUUUAUCAUAAUUGUCUUGGUAUAGCAAAACUCAUUUUGUUGUGGUUAUGGAUUAAUUUUCUGGUCCAUCCCUGUGAGACACCAGACUGUGAUAUGUCGUGCUGCCAUUGUCCACACAAAUGAGAUAACUUAGGCCCAUUUCCCUCAGGGUUAUGUGCUUUUGGAACUCUGGGGAUACUUCAGUGUAAAAUUAUCAAACAGCGUCAAAAAGCAUACACAAUAGUUUGCAUAGCUUGUACUUAGCCUUCCUAUUCAGCCUGAUGUGCUUCUCCUUACACAUGGAAACAGUGUGUGAUUGGCCUACUGUGCAGCACUGUGUUUCCUGCAUUUGCAGCAAGAUAUUACCUUCUCCGUCAAUGUUCCAUCCCUUUUUCUUCAUAGCAAUAACUUCGACAUGGUUAACUGCUGCCUGAUAAUUAUCGGAUCAAACUCUGACAUAAUACAAAUGAAUGUAGCUGGAACAGAAACUGGCAAUUUGAUCAGCAUAAAAAUUGCACUGCCAACUAGUAUUCAGGGCAUGUGUUGCAGAUUGACACUUACCACAUUUACAAGGUCAAUGUUUUUUCAUCCUGUUUAGAGAUAUCAGUUCGAGUGUUUACAUAGUAUGUAAUUUAAACAGCUCUGGUAUUUAUACAUUUGUGUACAAAUGUCUUUACAAAUUUAUCCAGAACAGCUGUGAGACAUGUUCAAAAAUCUGUUUCUUGGCGUGGCACCGCUCUCCUCUGUCAGUCCAAAUGCAUAUACACUUUUUCCUUUGAUCAGCUCCUUGUCCUGAAGCUGUAUUUCUACUGUCUGUUCAACCGAGUAGUUGCUGAUUUUUUGCUGCUCUUAUUCAAGCAAUGACUUUAUAUCAUUAUUCCCACUGAAUUCAAGGAAGAAGAGAAGACAAUUUGCUCCAAGUGUAACUUCCUAUUAUCGGGGCGUUGUACUAUGUUAAGCUCUUUGAGUGUUUCUACCAAAAACAAACUCUCUGUCGUUGUCCAAUUUGACAUAGACGUUACCGUCUUCUCUAAGUGAGUAGGAACUGUACGUGAAGAUAUUGGACAUCUGAACAUGAAAAGCACAGCCAGACGACAAACUGAAACACUGUUUACGUGGAGCAAUUUCUAUUUUGAUCUGCUGUUGAAAUUUAAAACUACACCUCUGCAAUCGAAUGGAAUUACUGUCAGUAUGGGUCUGUUUAUUCUGACUGAGGUAUUUAUAUUGAUCAUUUCGUUUCCAUUUUGUCUUCUCAACCAUUUAUAUUUUGAAUAUAAGGGGAUUAUUAAGAAACAGCUAUAAUGUAGAGUCAGUGCAGCGGUAUAAACCUGGUUCCAUGAUAAUCUGUUAAAUCGAGAUCUUGAGAAAAUAUCAAAUAUAAACAUGUUGUUGCCAGAAGAGCGAAUGAAAUGCAUAGAUUCAUACCAGCCCAAGGCUUCCAUAAUUUUCUAUAGGAAGACAUGUUGAUAUGUUGUAACAGGAAAUCAUGGAUGUAAAUGGUGUCACUAAUGAUAGGUUCAUCCUAUAUGGAUGCUCCAUUCACAAGUUGUGUCUUGUUGGUUCAUGAGACAUAUAAACUUUGAAAACGCCUUUUAAAACAUCAGAAUUUCUGCUAUUCAGGUGGUUUAUAAAGUCUUUGCAGAUUUUUGGAUUAUCCCUGAUGAACCACUGGAGUGUAGAAAUAUAAAACUGAAAUGUUGCUGAGAUUUGUGGAAAUUACCUGCUCAGUAAAUUGUUCCCUGUGGUUUUGGUUAUGUGAUUUAGUAAACUAGGCCACGUAGGUUAAUCACAGAGUCGAUUUAAUAUCUUGACUGGAGGGUUGUGGCUUUUACUUUCAGUAAGCUUUUGUCUCAGCUCAAGCCAGUCCAUCGGAAAGUACGCCUCAGACUGAUGGUGUCCCCUCCUUUCCCACUGUCGUCUCUGUUGUUUCCUCUCUUUGCCUUAUUUUGUCCUCCUACAGCGACAAAAGAAUAAAGAUUGUCCUGCUGGUAUGAAGAUGCCACAAAAUACUAUCUUAUGCAGAAAAAAAGUGGGUUCACGAUAUCUAGAAACAGAAUAAAUGGAGACCAGAGGCUUAUCAAAAUACAGCAGUGACACAGGCAUAGUAAUUGUUCUGAUUAGAUUUUCUGCUCUGCCAUCAGUGAGCAGUGGGCUUACAUUAGAAAAUUUAAUUGACCGGUUAUGGGCUCUCUAAUGGGAAAUGGAACUGGAGGUCGUUCUGAAAUAAACACUGUCAGGAGGCUUUAGGGAGUCUGCUUUUCUGGCAUACAGACAGUCAGAUCAGUAGCCUUUGCUACCACCAGAAGUUUCCAUCCAUCUCUUCCCCCUAAAGAGUUUUCUUAGUAAAUUCUCUUUGCACUGCUUUGCUGAUGAAAUCCUUGCCAGAGGACACCCGGUGUUUAUGUUAGUUUGAUAAUUGUGUUGUUUUGCAUCAUCUGGUGGUAAAAACAGUGACACAUGGGUCUUAAUUUUAGUACCUCUAACACAUGGUUUGAAUUCACACUGAGAAAUAGCUUUGAUAUUAUGGACUAUGACAAAUGUUGCUGCAAAGGAUCACUGUGAGCUGUUAUUAUUUGUUGUAUUAUGUCAUUUUCAUGAAUCUGGUCUGUUUCAAAAACAUCCAUACAGACAGCCUGUUGUCUGACUCGCUGUUGUUUGUCUUGCAGUUACAGUUGCAGAAGACUCAGUAUCUGCAGCUGGGACAGAACCGUGGGCAGUACUAUGGAGGAUCUUUGCCAAACGUCAAUCAGAUUGGAAACAGCAGUAUGGAUAUGGCUUUUCAGGUGAGGGAUAUUAUCUGCAAUGUCAGACAUCCUCCAGCAACAGAAAAGACAUCUUUAGAUAAUAAAACAUUUUCACAAAACCUCCUCGAUUGAGCUUACACCAGGAUUCGUUUUACAGCCAAUUCUUAUAUAUCUGUGUCUAUCUCUGUGUCCAGGCCAUAUCCUGAGAUAUUGCUUCAGGGUUAUAAAAACACACCGUAAAAUCCUUGUUCCUGGGAUGGAUACUCUGCUUCACAGGGACUGACAUAUUUACUGUUUACAUAAGAAAUGACCGCACACUGUGUAUAAUGAAUAGCAGAAGUACAUAAACCCACAGGCUGCGUUAGGCGUGUGUUUAACUGCAGUACAGUGGAGUGUACUUGGACAUAUAGAUCUCUGUGUUUCAGAGCUCUCAGACAAAUAAAACUCUUAUUCUCAAUAUACUCAGAGGCCUCCGAAGGAAAAGUCAGCCUUGAAGCAGAGCUUUGUUUGUUGCCAUCAUAGCAUUUUAAUCAUACAUGAUACGAAUUUAAAUAUUUAUAACCCAGGACAGGCGAAAACAAACACUGUUUUUACUCUAACUAAUGUUUGAUUUACUUUACAUUUGAUUCACAUACAUCAAGAAGAGUUACCAAAGGUUGUAAUGGAAAAUACUGAGGUUCUAAGAAAUCACAUGUUGCACUCAGAGGGUAAAAUGGAAAAAUGCCAGAUAAUAAAGAACACCUUGUGAGAAAAUAAGGAGGAAACCAGCUUCAUGAGUGUUGAAAAUGAAAUGUUGCUCCAUUCUUGCCUGAUAUGAGAUUUCAGCUGUUGAACAGUCCAAGGUCUCAUUUGUCAUAUUUUUUGUUUUUCAUGAUGUACCAGAUGUUUUCAGUGGGGGUACAAGAUGGGACAGCAGGUGGGCCAGUUAAGCACCCCCUCUUUUUAUUGCAGAGCCAUGCUGUUGUAAUGUGUGCAGAAUGUGGUUUGGCAUUAUCUACAAGGCCUUCUCCGGAACAGACAUUGUCUGAACUUGACUCUGUCGCUCCAAAACGUGUGCGUAUUGUUCAGCAUUAAUGGAGCCCUUGGAUAUGUAAGCUACUCAUGCCAUGGAGAUUUAUACAUCCCCAUACCAUCAUAGAGGCUGGCAACAAGCCCUGCCCCCACUCUUUUUUUAGAGUGGAAGCUGCAGCAUCCAUGACUCCCAAAAAGAGAGUCAAAAUUUGACCUUUGCAGUCAGAGGACUGUUUUUAACUUCUCUCAGUCCAUCAAAUGAGCUUGAGACAAGAAGAGUGGCCAGUGUUUCUGGAUCAUAUUUAUGGUGUCCUUUUUGCAAUGAUAUAUUUUGAAUCUGCAUUUGUGGGUGCAGUGAUGAAAUAUAUCCGCUGACAAUAGCUCAGUUUGUGGAAGUGAUUUUGAGCCCAUGCAGUGAUUUCCACUGAGACAUCCAGUAUUAGUAUUCUUGGCCUUGUUUCUUUUUGUCUCUCAGUCUUUUACUGAUAAAAUACCAGAGAUGAUAAAAUCCCCAAAUUAUUUGGAGUCUAUGCUGAGAAACAUUUUGAAAUUGUUGAACUUUUUAUUUUUUGCUCAUGCAGUCUCUUAGAAAGUGGUGGACAUCCUCCUGUCUUAACCUCUGAGAAGCUCAUUGUCUCUGGAAAGCUCUUUUUAUACUCAGAGAGUCACGUUACGAACCUGCUGCGAAUUAACCUUACAAGUUACUUGAUGUACCUCCAAAUGUUUUUUUUUUUUUUUUUGGAACUACAAUACUUUUCAGUGUUUUAUUGUCCCUGUCCCAACUGUUUUGAAAUGUACUGCUGGCAUCAAAUUUGAAGUUUGAAAUUUGAAUUUCUAUGUUAGACUGAACAUAAAAGAAAGACAAAAUUAAUUCACAUUAAAGUACUUUGCUCUGCUCUCAGGUUUUUGAUGCUUAACUCCAAAAAUUAGAAAUUAAUGAGACUUUGCUCAGAGAUGGAAGUACAGCGCCCCAAGGAAAAAGUUACACAUGAGCCUCACAUUUACAUUGCCAGCCAUGAAUAAGCCUCUCCAUACAAUUCAUUGUCAGAAAAAGACAAAAAAACAAAGAGUUGAAUUUGCGGUGUCGUAAAAAGGGGCAUUAGAAGUUUGAUAAGACCUCUGUUUUUUACAUGUUUAAGAAAUAGCUCUACAUGGAGGUAAAAAAGUAUUGUAAGGUUUAUCCAAGCCUUCAGUUUAAAUCUAUUUGGUCAAAAUCCACCAUCUGGUUUCAAAACCCUUGUUUAUAAAUGCCCACAGAUAAAGUUAAUCAUGAUUUCUGCUGUCUGUGUUUGUAGACUUCAGGGAUGGACACAAACAGGUCGACGCGACACCACGGCUUAGUGGAUAGAGUCUGCCGUGACCGGAACCGAAUCACAUCACCCCACAGAAAACCUCUGUCUUUUGACAAGCAUGGACGCCAGAUAUCCUUUUAGACGAUCUGUUUAUUUUGCUGCUUAUGCAGAUCCUCAGGUACCGUUUGGUCUCACUUAUGUUAAUUUUCUCAGUCUCAUGUCUGGAGUUGUCACAGCUUUGCUUUAGGUCUGUUUAUUUCAGAGCUUUUAGAAUUCCCAAAACGGUGCUCAUAUUCCUUGUCUAAUGUUGGAGUGGCUGGUUUUUAGCAGCAUUUUAGACCAACGUAGGACUGAAAUUAAGACCCAGAAUGUUGUCUUACAGGGUCUCUACAGUGAAGUUAUGCAUGUGCACAAAUAUAAGUAUAUAGACAUUUUAAUCCUCUUUCCAAUGCCUGUAAAUCACUUCAGCCUAUAAUGAAUUUCUUUCAGGUUUUAGCUGCAGUCAGAGAUCUGAUUUAGUGUCUGCAUCAUGUUAUGGUAGAUUUAAUCAGUUAUGUCAGUCAGGAAAGUGAAGCUGGUGUUUUAUUACUCCUCACUUUUGUCUCAUGCUGAUUUGUUUACAAUUCCACCUACACAGGCAUUUAUGAAACCUCCUUGUUUCUGAAGAAUCACAGCAGUGAAUGCACCAAAUUUGCCAAGACUUUCUCUCUCCAGCUGUAUUUUCUUAACCUACAGUCUCACAUUGACAGCUGUCCAUAUGGCGCAGUUUAUCUGUCACCCCCACCUGAUACCAGCUGGAGGAGGUAGGACAGCCUCUGAGGAGGAAACAUGAGCUCUGCAUGACUGUUUAUCUCAAUCUGUACUGUGUUUAUUAUGAUUUAGUCCUCACACAGCUUUCUGUAAUUAUUCUGACUGAAACCGCUCGCUUUGCGCUACAUGCAGUGUGUAAUUUUCUAUUUAUGAAGAUAACGAGUCAGAACAAGAUCAACAGAAUUUAAGACUUUUCUAAGUGAUUAAAUACACUUUGCAUUAUCCUCAUCUAGUGCCUUCAGUUUACAAAUUAAAUUUAAGAAAAUUUCAACUUUUAUUAUAAGGCCUUAUAAAAGACAAGAUCAGAAUAACUAGUGGUCGGGAUAAUUCUGGAUUUCUGUGUCCAAAACAAAACAUAUUUAUUAUAUUAGAGAUCGAUGCACAGUAUGAUUAACAGGUCAGAGAUUUCCUGUGUUGUUUUCAAGUAUAGACUCUGUGUGCUUAAGUCUAAAAGUUGAUAAAACUUUGUUAUAACUCCUUUUUUUUUUUUAACAAUUUCUUUUUUUCCCCCCUCUGUACAUUGCUUGGUGUGAUUUUAAAAAAAUCUUGAAGGACAAACUCUGACUCUGCGCUGCACCAGAGCACAUUAAUCCCUGCCCAGCAGGCCUCUUUCAUCGGAGGGUCACAGGAUCUCCAGCCAAAACGAGGUACACAUCAUCUUUGAGAAAUUCCUUUGUUGUAAUAAUUAUUUUUGGAAGAAGAUGGUUGCCUGCCAUGCACAAGAUAUGUAGAGAAGUAGAUGGGGACAAGUAUAAAAAAAAGAGGCUCAUAUAGUUUCAUCUCCUCUGUGUAUUAGGUCUGCCUUCAUGAGUCAGACUGAUCAGGUGUUGAUCCUGUGCAGGAGACGGUUGUGGUGUUUGAGGCUGUUUUUGUCAUAACCCUGAUUUUUUUUUUUUCUUGUUAUCUCGCUGCUUUCUCUUGGCGGCUUAGUUGAGUGCCCUCCAGUGUGUGAUGAAAGGGUUUUGAAUGUGGCUUUGAUGGCAGAGGAGGGAAAUGACUGCCGGGUAGAAGGGGUGCAUCCCAGUGCCUGAUAAGUGUGAGACGUGUGAGGGGGAUUAUUUUAAUGCAGAAGCGCUUCCGCUGAAUUCAUAUAAAUCUCCACCGAGAUAUUUUGGGGUUUUUCACUUAACUGUCAGUUAGUAUCUCAGCUUUGUUUUUUACCCACUUAUUGUACUUAGUCUGUUUUUUGUCUUAUAAGUUAUUCUGUCAUGUCCUCUCUCUUGUUAUGCCUGUGUGCUUUCAUAUUAUCUGCUGAUUGUGUAAAACAACAACAGCGCACAGGCUUUGAUUAUUAUAAGCUUGUACAAGCUUGACAUUUGUAAACCCAAGAAACUUUAAAUUUCAAAAAAUAGAUUUAUUUUUCUUUUCUAUGUAGUUCUUCUGCUCACGGUACCUGGGGCUGAAGCACUCAAAGGAGACGUUGACGAGGAUGGACAGGAACAGAGCUGGGAGUGCAAAAAGGUGCAACUUCUACACUCACAUGAAAGCUUUCUUUGUUGUCUUUGUGAAACUGUUUCCUUAAAUUCUCAUUGUGUUUUCUUUUCAGAGCAUUUCGAGGUCCAAACCCUGCAAAGUUCCAGGAAUCAAGUGAGUAUUUCUCAGACUGCUCUUUGUCGUACUGGUCUGAGGGAAUGUUUAAGUGUCUGAUUUCAAUGGUAAAUUUGUUUUAGAGGUUUGACUGAUGACUGCGCUGGAUGAUAAAGCAUUAAACAGUGUUUGAUUACACAGAGGCCGAGUGCACAUUCACAUACAUCUUAUAAAUAAAUAUGAAUGAAAAUGAGGCCAUUUGAUUUUAUUUAAUCUGUUUUAAAUUACCGACUCUUUGGCCAAAGUCAAAAACAGAGUAAACAAAAUCUUUGCAAAAGCAGCAUUAAGUCCAUAUUCGGUAUAAAUAUAUUUAGGAAUAAACUGGAUGAAUUUAUAUGAGUAAAAAGAUUAAAAUUGUUUCCCAAAGAUAAAAACCUAUUUUAGUCAUUGGUUAUUCUUUUUUCCUCUCGUCUUCGCCUCUAAUGUCUGUUUUUUUUUUCUGCAGUAUCUUCCCAUCUCCAGACCAGCUGACCGCUUCACUGAAACCAGCAGUCCACAACACAGGCGGUUCCCUUCCUGACCUGACUAACAUCCAGUUUCCUCCUCCGCUGCCCACCCCGCUCGACUCAGAUGAUGCCGCAGCCGCCUCGUUCAGCGCCUCCAACAGUACACAGAACCUGGCAAACACCCAAGGUAACUGUACAGACAGUAGUCUGCUCACAUUUAGCAGAGAAAUUUUAACUUUUAUCGAGGUAUGUGCAGGAUAUUAAAGCCCUUCAUUCUGACAUUAAACACUCUCUGGCUCCAAUUACUCCAUGGCUCUGUUUGUGCUUUUAAAAAGCUCUUUACUUACGUUGUCUUUUUGUGUGUGUGUGUUUUCUGGGUAGGAGUGAGCACAUCUCAGCCCACAGUAACCAUGGAAAUACAGCCUGGGCAGGACAACAUGGUCCCUCUCAUCCUGAACGCAGGAGACUCCCACCAGCCUCAGAGCCUGCAGCUCUCCCCCACAUCUCCUCCUCUCUCUCUCUCUCAGGUACAACACUGCGCUCUGCUCUUUACCCGAACUCCGCUGUGUCCAAAAUAUCAAUCAUGCAGGCUUAAUGGAUUAUUGAAUUUUAGAUUUUAUUUAUGUAAAAUAUAUCUCAGCUCAUGUGGGUGGAGUAAAGAAAGCCAAGAGGGAAACACUUCUUAUUUCUAGGGUCUUUUUAAUGUAUUUGAGCAUUUGGAUUUCUGUUGCUGUGCUACCCUCAGGCGGCCAUUAACGCCAUGAACCUUGAGCAGCAGCUGUCCCAGUAUGCCUUCUACAACCAGCAGCCGUCAUCCCAGACCCACCAGAACCAGCAAGUGAGUCAAGAUUUAGAGUAAUGAACACAUUAACACACAUUCAUUUUUUUUUUCAAGUUAAAUUGAUUUUAUCCCUUCAGGUUCCAAUUCAAAACUAACUAACGACACCUUAUUACUGCCAAUUAGGGCCAUGUGUUCAGACCCUCAAGUGCUAGCGUGUUGGCAUAGUUCUUUUUAUCCAUUAAAACUGUCUGACACACACUUAUUCAGACAGUAUUUGACUUACAAAAUGAUCAACUUAUCGUCAAACUACCAGCUACAGAGGUACAGACCUCUCUUCUGUAUCUUCUGAUACAAAAAUUGUUAAAUUAUGUCAGUACAAUAGCAGAUGCUUCACCAUCUUGUUCCACAGGUUAUACAGCUUGCAUUGUUUCCAUCAGAAGAAAGGAAAUACAAUAUCCUUUUGUAAAAUGUAAAAAAAAAAUCUGCUCAUUAACAUUUAGAGCCAAGGACCAGCUCUAACGCAGCACAGUGAAACUUUUUCUCUCCUCUCUCAUACUUAAAGGGAUAUAUUCCAGCGUAAAAUCAAGUGAGGGUCAAACACACCGUAACACCCAGUUAGACACCCCUUCAAGAGAUGAGUGUUGCCGACUGCUUCCUUCUCUAGUUAUACCAACUUUAGUAACAGCCGCACGAGAGCAAUACACAGCGGUCUAUGUCUCCACGCGCACACAGCCAUAGCAGUAGCCACCAAACAUCUUUUUAGCUUUGCCUGGUUUCUUUGGCAAAGAGACCAAACACAACUCAACCACUCUCUUCCAGCAGCUGCUUGUUUGUGGGGAAGCCCUGACGAGUCGAUCACGAGAUGUAGACCGCUGUGUAUUGCUAUCGUGUGGUCGUUACUAAAGUUGGUAUAACUAGAGCAGUCGGCAACAUUCAUCUCUCGACGGGGUGUCUAACUUGGUGUUACGGUGUGUUUGACCAUAACUUAAUUUUACGUUGGAAUAUCCCUUUAAGAAACCCGCUGUGAUAUUUGAUUUUCUCCUGGACUAAAUGAUUAGGCAGAAAUGUUGAUAGGAUUCCUCACUUAAUUGCAUUAAGGACUGUGAAAGUAAAAACCUAGAGGAACAUGUUGAGCCCUUUAUAUGCAGUUAUCUCGCCUCUUGCCAUUUAUUUACUACUUACUCUUUUUACACUCCCACCAGCACGACAUAUAACCAGAUCUUGAUAGACUUCAUCAAUAGAUCAGGUACUGCUUCAUUGAUUUAUGACUCCACUCUUGAUUUUCCAGCAGACAGGUUUGGUCCAGAUGUCGUCCUCAGUGAACUCCUGCCCGACGUCAGACAACCAGACGUCCUCGCAAACCAACAUGACCAUUGACAUGAACACGGUGAGCAGAGGGCGCAAUAGUGUGUCGCAGUACUGUAAUAACGGACAGUACUAUUAUGAAAGUUCAGAUCUGGUGAGUUGUGCUGUUUGGCGAUGCACAUUUUGCCGUGUUAUGAAGUUGUUUAGUUGUAGUGGGGAGUUGUAAAGCACGGUCAGUAAAAAAUAAAGGAAAUUGUUUGGCAGUUUCAUCAACCCUUAGGAGUCUAUUGCAGAAAUACAAAGAGGCCUGACAUAGAUUUGUGUUAAAUACAAGAUAAUAUCAAGUCUUUUUUACUUCUUAACAUGGCAUGCAGUUAGAGAUGGUCUGUUGUUGUUUUUUCAGCUGUGUGAUCUCCAACUUAAUUUGAUCAUUUUUCUGAAGUAAGCAUGUGUUUAAGAAAGCGGUCUUCUAUAUAACACUACAUUCAUGGUCCACUCUUACCCAGCUGCUAAAAUCAGGUAUAAAUGUUUUAUUUGUUCUUCAAAAUCAUUACUGGGAUUGGCCUCAAAAAUCACUUUCUGGAUGGGCUCUGGUUCCAUCUCUAGAAACUUUUAUCCAAAAAUCCAAUCCUCUAUGGACAUGGUAUUUAUUGCUUAGCAUUUAUUUUCAUGCAGCAUUAAGAUAAAACAAAGUCAAGAACUGAUUCCUGAGCUAAAAGCUGUAAAAAAAAACAAAAAAAAAAAAACAUGCAGAACAUCAAGGACUCUAAAUGCUUUUGCAACUGUCUUCUGGCCUUCAGAUCUUGGCUCUGGCUGCUCUAUUUCUGCUGCAGUGGGAAUUUGUUUGGAUAACUGCACACAUGAAGUGUCCUACAUUUGCUUGAUCUCAGUGAGAGACUUUGCAGUGUGAGGUCAGCUGAAACAUUGUGAGGAGGAGACACAGCUUAGACCUGACUGCCUGUUAACCUCCAGUAUAAAACAUAUUUAUACCACCCUAGCUUUUAUUAAGUUUGCUUUCAAACCUGGUUUUAGAUGUUGCCUCUAUCCUUCAAAUGUGUAUUUUUGUUUCCAAGGCAUGGUGACAUUAUGGGUGAAACAAUCUUCUUUUAUUUCUUUCAUUCAUCAAUAAAUCAAUAAACUAGUUUAUCAAGAGACCUUGAGCUGCUUUAUCUAGUCUUUAUCAUGUGCUACCAAUAUUUUGAUAUCUUAUCUGUAAACAGAUUAUGAAUGUGGAGAUUUGGACUUCUGUGGGCUUUGAUUUGUAAGAGAUCAUCCAUGUCGUAGAGGCACCUCUAAAUCUAAGUUCCUGUGUCUUCUCUGGUCUUUACAGUGAUGGUAACUUUUCAUACAUUAAUAGAAAAAAAAUGUUUUGAUCCGUGUGCACAUUUUCCUUCUUUGAUUUUGUUGGAUGUGUGAAAGAGCAGAACCGAGAGAAGAGAACAAAAGGGAGCAGAUUGUCUCUCUCUGAUCCUCCGGUUUUACAGCUCUCAGUUGCUUGGAUUGCUGGCAACAUAUUUCCACUCCUAAUUAAUCCCCUGUUGUUUUCUGUGUUUUUCCCAGAUCUUUUUCAGCAUUUUAAAUUAAUGCAUUGACAUAAUGGCACAUUAUGUUCAGUGCUGUAAUUAAUUUAUUUGUUUUUCCAGCAUCCGAAUCAAUAUUUUAGUGAGUACUCAGUUGGCCAAAGCGUACAUGGAUAACCUUCAGUGAGACGAGCACCAGAACUACAAACAUGUAACGAUAAAACACAUAUAACAAAGCUCCGGGGCAAGAAGGAACUCCCACUAGUGAAGAGGUUCCUCCUGUGUGUAACUUGAAGUAUCCUCUUGUAUCAGGCCUCCUCCCUCCAACAGUACCGCAGUAGGAUCGGAUCCUCUGCCAAUCAGUCUCCGACCUCCCCCGUCUCCAAUCAAGGCUUCUCACCCGGAGGCUCGCCUCAAGUAAGGGCGUGUGGACCAGCGAGCUGUUAGCUCUGUUUAAACGUCACCGUCCCCCCCUUGCAUCUUAGUCCUGUGGUUAAUGUUGCCAAGUAGGACUCUGUGGCUGCCCCCUCACUACUGCUUGUAUUGUGUUGACACAAGCAGAUCUGGGCAAAAAAAAGUUCUGUUUAUUUCAAGUAUUAUAACAAAACAAACAAAGUGUUUUUCUUCCAGUUAAUUCAUCUUAUUAAUAAGAAUUUUCCUCUUAAGUCAGUUAUUUUGCUUCUACAGAUAGGUAAAGUGAAAGUAAGGCCAAGCUACUAAGGUAAUUUGUUAUUUGACGCUAGCUCACAGCAACAGUGCUGUGCUAGCUGUGAGUGGCUACCCACUGAGCAUCAUUUUUUGGUCUAAAAGAGGUCUGAUAGACGUCUAAAUGUAGGUUAGAUGACUGGACUAAAAUCAGGCUACCACAGGUCUAAAAAUGAAAGUUUUUUAGACAUCUAAAUUUAGACCAAGUUUAGCCCAAGUCUAAAUCAGGGCUUUAUCGAUACUACACUGUAUAUUGCUCAACGGCUAUUGUAAUUAUUUUGGUUAAGUACUUGGAGAUCAGUUAUGCAGCUCACAGAUGCUUUUGGAAAUAAGUAGUUAUUGAAUAACGGGUUUAAGUGCAACGCAUAAAUUCCGUCUAAAAUGUACAGAAUCUAGACGGUUGAAAUUAGGUCUAAAAAAAACUAGACGUCUAAUAGCCGUCUAUUGCUCAGUGGGAAAGCCAAUUCUGGACUCUCAUUGAGUGACUUAUUGCUGUAUUUUCUUGUUAAUAAGUAUAAAUAGUUCAAACACAAAAUAAACUGGUCUGUUAGAAAUCAGUGUUUCUGACAACGCAGCUAAUGCUAACUUACUUAGCAUGCUGGCUAAUCUUGUUUUUUCUUCGCUGGUCAGACUCAGACCAAACAAUAAAUGAUUGAAAUCAAAUCACUUGUUUAAGGGGUUAGUCAUAUACACACACAAUAAUACCCAGUUAUAUUAAUUUUCUUUUGUUACUGCUGUUUGUACAGAAUUACUUAGUGUCUGUUGAUACUUUAGCCAAAAUAAUAGAAAUGUAGUAUCACCCUCUCUGUUGAAGUUGCCUACAAACACAACCUAAUAAUGAUAGUUAAUGAUUACCCUCUUGGUUUUAAAACUUCUCACCAGACAAAAAACUUUGAUAUUUAUGGGACUUCUUUAACAAGGACUUCCAUGUGAAGGAUUCAUUUCUCAGAGGGAAUAUUUCUUGUACAGCAAAGGUUAAAAAAAAAAAAAGAUAACAACUAAAAUGUUGUGUAAAAAUUCAUGGCUGCAGUUGUGAUUUUGUUUUGCCCAGAUCUGACCCCCAGCCUCUUUGAACACUCAGUGUCAUUGAUGUGUUGUUAUGUAGCUGUGUCCCUGACCUUCCCUCUCAGCUGCUUUUGUGAUAUCUGCAUUGCAUCUCCACUGUUCCCCCCCAAAAGUCCCGCUUUACAAGACUCUGUACUUGCGUUGUUUUUUUUCUAUGUGGAUUUCUGUGUUCACUGUGAUUGCGCACUAGCAUGGGGAUUUGAGGCAUUUUUGAAUGAUGACACUCGCUGUUGCAUCACAACAAGCUGUGCCUUGCUUACAGGGUGGUGCUUUAAGAAAAACUUAACACACCCAAGGUAAACAUGGAUCAGUGGUGUUAUAAUCUGUGCCUGUUUAAGAUUCAAAACCGGAUGUGAAGGCUGUUCCGUUAAUCUUCACUGCAUUAAUUCCUAUAAUAAACCAUAAAUUACAUGUUUGAAUAUAGAUUAUGCAGAAUAUUAAAUCAGUACUGCAAUAUGUAAAGCCCCUGUCUAACCAAAGAUGUAAGGAUCUUUUGAAUUCAGCUUUAGCUACAAGUGUGAUGUUGUUUUUAAGAUACAGAGAAAGAGAAAGGUGGCAGGUGACAGUGAUGAAAUAUGAUGUAUGUGUAUGUAUGAGUGUGUUUGUGUAUGUGUGUGUGUGUGUUUCUUCAUGUUCGUCUUGCUGUUUGCAGCCCCGCUCUCUCCUGAGUUGAAGCUGGCUCAUUUUCAGUCCUGAGGUUAUCCAUGGGCUAAACCACAGCUGACAAGCUGUGUGUUCUAUUAUCCUGCUCUGCCCUGUGGGGACAUCUGCAGCGCACACAGAUAAUUUGGUUUUGAAUGAGGAGGAGCACGGGCUGAGAAUAUGAUCCAAUUACUUAUACAUUAAGAGGCCACGAUGAAAUAGGAGAAUUUCUGCUGCUGGUUCAAUGAGGACAUCAAAAUGAGGAACUUGAAGAGAAUUAGCUCACACUGGAUGAGUCAGUGGAGGGAAAGUAAAGAUUAAAGAGGAUUAGAUUUCCAAUGAUUCCCUUUAUUUCUGUGAAUUUCAUCCUGUUUGGUUGGUGCUAAUUAAAACACUGAGGCUAGAAACUAGAGGAGGAGGCUCAUGUUCAAGAAGCUUCUUUUUGAAAGUCUUCGUCCUAAUCCUAAGCGUUUUAUUUCUGACAUUCGGUGGGUGUUCAGUAGUUAGUUCGUGCUGACCUUCUGGAUGUUGGAAUAUGGAACUGAAUUGUUCUCAUACGGGCCAUUCAUCAGGUUCCUUUUAUCUAUUUGCUUUUCAAUUAGGGGCCUGUGUCCACUGACCGUACUUUUUUUUUUCCUCAGCAGCGCCUGUCUUCAAAACCAAACCAAAACAUUGUCAGCAUUAUUUGUUGCUGCGCUCUUUUGAAAACAGUUUAAUUUUUAAACACAGGUGCACCCCUCAGUGUUACUCAUCCCCCACUGACCAGUCAGAACCAAUCACUUCUAAUAUCAACCUUUUCUUUAUUAAUGUCAAGAGGAAACUAACAACACUCAUGGUACCUUACAUGUACACAAAAUGACCGUGAAUCGGCAAAACUACAGCUGAGGACGUUUUUGGCGUGUUAGAAAAGCACUUUGUUGAUCCAGCAUUGUGGCUGCACUGACUAUGUCCUGUAAUUUAUGUUCAAUGUUAAACAACUGGAGACUUGAGUAUGACUACUAAUAGUUGGUGGUUAACACUAGAAGGUUUUAUGUCUAACUAAACUCAUUGUGACUCUGUUGUUGCAGCAUAACUCCAUACUGGGCAGCGUGUUUGCAGACUUCUACGACCAGCAGCUCCCCUCCAUUCAGGCCAGUGCGCUUUCACAGCAGGUACACAGCCUCUGUCACACUGUAUAUAUUAAGUUAAGCUCCACUGUCAUUGCCGUUGAAGUUGUGAUGUAUUGUUUUGUUGUGAUUACCAGCUGGAGCAGUUCAACAUGAUCGAAACCCCCAUCAGCUCUGACAGCCUGUAUAACCAGACCUCCACCCUCAACUACUCCCAGGCACUCAUGAUGGGUUUGACUGGUGGCCAUUGCAACCUGCAGGACUCGCAGCAGCUGGGCUACAGUAGCCAUGGCAACAUCCCCAACAUAAUUCUCACAGGUGCUGUAACGACUAACAUGAGGCGUGUUUGAGUCUUGCUGCGAGUCGCUUUAAGAAAUCUGUGGGCACAGAUUUGCUUUUGUUGAAAACCUUUCAGAGGGACGAUCAGGAUGAAGCUUCAGUUUUGCUCAUAUAUCUUGUGGAUAUUGUGACAUUGCUCAACAAAAGCCGAGUUUCUUCGCUACUGUAAUGAAUUAGGUUGUGAAAAAUACACAGUGAAUGGGGACUGUUGUUUAUCAUCUACACAGUGUUGUCUCUCAGUGGUGCUAAGCUGUGAGAUACUGAAAAGUGCUGACAUGUGUCACACUUCAGAAUUGGCUUCGACACAGUGUUGCAUUCAUAGGCUGUUUUUGAGAAGAAAAGAUAUUUCACAAAUCUAUAUUUCAAUACAUGUUCAAUCCUGAAAGUGCUUCAAUCAAUUCAGAAUAAAAACACUUGGUAUUUUUGACUGAUUAGGAAAUUGAUUUAGUUUAAUCUACAAAACCUGCAAAAGCAAACAUAUCCAUCAUCUUCAUGAUUAGUUGUUUCUAUACAUUUAUGUUAAGGCCUUAAAGGUGGGGUAGGCAGGAUCUGAGGAAGUGCCAGUUUUUGGGAGACAUCUUGAAUGUAAACACUACCCCUCCCAACCAGUUUUCCCCUCAGCUCCUCCUCUCCCCUCCCUCUCUGCUCCAGCAAGCCCCGCCCACAAACAGACGCUCCUGCUUGCAUGUAUCGUUCCAAUUAAAUUCAGACAUAAUGCAGAUAAAUACUUCAGAUUAUUACAAAUAGGGCCCAGUCAACGUGAAAGUAAAAAGCAUUGGUGCUACUGUAGAUGCCAACAGACUACUAGCAAACACAAUGUUUGCUGAACUUCUACAACUAGGAUAAAGUGACAAACUCCAGGACCCGAGGUAAACAGUUUAGCGGUGCUACAAAACACAGCAGGUCCCGUUUGACAAGAAACACUUCCGUUACAGACACUUGGCUUAAAUUGUUAAAGCGGUUUACCUGUCCAGUAGAAAGGUUACAGGAUCUAUAAGAUCCCGGAGCGUCCCCCAUCAACCCGGCUUUUUAGCUCUUGUCUGGGUGGUCUACCUCCUUUUUAAGCGCCCUUUGUUUUCCGCCAGAGUCUCCGGUAUUUACUUUGUUUUCUUGCUUGUGUUGGCAAUCAUGGCCAAAAGAGGAUUCAGACAAUUUUCCGUAUUUUCUGGUUGGGUUCUACUGUCCUAUAUUGUAGCAUGCUGACUAAGCGUCCGCCUCACAACCAAUCAGGUUUGGGGAGGCGGAGAAUGGCUUUGUUUAUAGCCAGAAAGAGCGGGCCACUCAAAAAAUUUAAAAUGUUGACUACACAGACAUAACAAAACACAGCGAUAUCAUGAUAUUACCAAAUGUCAUCAAUAACUAAUAGCUAUUGACUGAUAUUAAAAUACACCACAAAAAAAGAUGCUUCUUUAACGGAUUCCUGCCUACCCCACCUUUAACUGCUGCAACUGGGUUGAUAUCAGAUUGACAGUUUGAAAAUCAGAAUAGUUUACUUUUCAUGAUAAAGAUUCGAUAAGAAAACACUGCAAACAGGUAUAAAAGACAAAAGCAGCAAAGAAAUGAGAAGAACUACUUUGUCCACAGGGAACGCUACAACUGGCACUAUAUGAAAGUUCCCUGCUGUAGCUUUACAUUACACUGCUGAGAAACCUUCAAAAGGGAAACAAAAUUUUAGUUAGAGGAAAUACAUACAAAUGUGCACAAUAUGAGGGGCUGGGAUGGGGCUGGCACAUUAAUUAUUAUGACUGACAGUGACAGCAACUGAAUAUGUAGAUCAAGGUCCUCACUUCCAUGCUGGGUCUCUAUAGAUGAAGAUAUUAAAAGUUUGUUUGGCAAGAGUUUUCAGCCCUACUGUUAUCCUGACAGUUUCUAAAAAUUAGCACUCUGUCACUGACUGCCUCCUUACCAAAAUGUGCUAUUAUCAUGUCAAGAUGUCAAACCUCUAACAGCAGUUUUUUUUUUCAAUUCAUAACCCGGCUCGUCAACUUUCUCCUCUUUCCACCAGUGAUUGCUAAUUUUAAGCAGGCAGUUCUCUUGCUCCCUCUCAAAAUAGAUUUAUAUCUGCCUGCUGAGGCUUCAAGCUGCUCUUUCUUUACAUUUGUUGUCUGUCCUCUGUUCAGUGAGUGGAGAGUCUCCCCCCAGCCUGCCUAAAGACCUGGCAGGCUCACUGUCCACGGACGUCAGCUUUGAUAUCGACUCCCAGUUCCCGCUUGACGACCUGAAAAUCGACCCACUGACUCUUGACGGCCUGCACAUGCUCAAUGACCCGGACAUGGUCCUCACUGACCCCGCCACAGAGGAUGCGUUUCGCCUCGACCGGCUCUAACCAACACUGCGCCACAGGUGUGUGAAUGCUUCUGCCCUAUAGGAAAGCGAGGACAGGAAUCACAUUUCAGAGGAUAAAUCCAAGAGGAGAGGAAUUCUUGAGUGUACGCGUUGAGACCUCGACAGGGCAGAGCAUUUUUCCAGUGACGACCAAGCUAAUCAAACUCCAAAAGAGCUUUUUAAAGAAAGAUCAUUGUAGAAAAAUGCAUUUUAAAGUUGAAGACUGCUGUCAGCCACCCAUCUCUUCAAAACCAGAGCCAUGAUUUAGGACUGAUGAUAUUCAAGUUAUGGUAUGCAUUCUGUUUGCAAAUCUAUCACUACCUUUUAUUUUUUUAUUUUUGCAAAUGGCACAUUAAGUUUUUGAGGCAAUUUGCAUUUUGGAGCUUGAUCAUGGGUACAAAAGAAGCCUUGAUUGCAGAGCAAACCCUCAUCAACUUAGAGUAUUUGACACUCCUGUUAACAUAGUACAGCUGGCUGAGUCAGAGGAAACACCUGUUUCUGGUUGUACUUUCAGUCUGAAUAUUGAUUCAAUGCUAAUCCCUGUGUGGUUUGUCAUGGACGCCAACGUCAGGCUGGGUUUGAUUUCCCACUAACUUACAUUUACAUCUUUAGAAAAAGAUGACUCAUUUUUUCCAGCUGAGUUAAUUUAAGAAAUGCUGAUUAUUGAUUAUUACCAUGGUAAAUAGCAGUCACCAGUUAUGCAUGAAAUCACAAAACACUGUGCAUACUUGUUUUGCCUUAAUAGCUUAACAUUAUUUUUUUUGGUUUUCAUGCAAAGAUGACUAUUAUGUAAAUGAAAAAAAUACUUUUCAAAUGUUGAGUUAGUGUUUUGCAGGUGGUCUGGCCUCCGUCAUUCACAGUUGCAUUACUGUCGUUGUGUUUUUGAGGUGUGCUGAUCUUAUCCAUUGUCACUACCAUGCCAUUUAUCAUCAGUCAGAUCUAAAUGGGUUAAAAAAAAAAGAUCUUUAUCAUGAAAUAGAUGUUUACAGGCUUGCUCAUAUUUCUCAUGUACAGAAUGUGAUUAGAUUUUGCGUAAUGGUAUCUAUGCAAAACUACAGCGAUUGAUUUAGGACUGUAAAGUGAAAGACAUCAAAAGAACCCUUAUAUAAAAAAAGUAAGCCUAUGUGCAGGUUUCUUCUUGUGAUGGUGCCAUGUUUUUUCUUUUGAUACUUCUCGUUUUUCUUUUAGACUAGUACGAUGUGGAGAAAAACGGCUCAGUGAGUGCGGCACACAGUAGAAACUCUCCUGGAUUUCUCCCAAAGAUGUGACCUCAGUGGAGUUGAAUAUAUACAUAUAUAUACAUAUAUUUUUCCAGACAAUUUAACUGCCUCUUUACAAGAACAGCAUUGUUGAUGCAAUGAGAAUGUAUUUCGGCCACAUUUGUUGUUGCCAUUUUGUCGUCCUCAUUGCCUCUCAUGUUAAUGUACUGUAGUACCAAACAUCCUUCACCGGGUUGUUUUUCUCUCUCCCUGCAAAGGUGAUGUGUCAUAUUGUCUUAUGAUUUUUUGUCGUUACCUUGGCACUACAGCGACACUGACACCUAUUUUCCUGUUACGCUCAUCUUGGCUGUGCCCUUUAUUGAUUAGCUCAAGUCGCUCUGGCUCUUUGGUUCUCUAUUUUUUUUUUGGCUUCUUGAGUUUGCUCUAUAACACUCUUCUGCAAAGUCAGUCUCCACAGCUUCCCUGUGGCUUAUAUCUCGUGUUGCACUUUAUAGAAAACACUGAUUAAUGAGAGUUUAUAUAUACCUACAACCCUAUGUGACUGUUGCCUGCACUGGACCUGUUGUUGCCCUCCCUGUUUUAACUUGCCUUCUUGUAAAAAAAAAAACACAAAAAAAACAUGAAAAGCGAAAUUAAAUUAAAGCUAUUUUUUAAAAGUCAUUUAAAUGUAAUCUACUUAAAAAAGAGCUGUUUUUUUACUUCGUAUUUCGUUAGCUGUUAACUGUCACUGAGACUUUCCUCAACUCUGGAGCACAGUAUUUUAGGACAGGAGUGAUCAGCGUUUAGACGGUCAUGCAGCUCUUAACGAAAAAUUUAUAGCCAUAAUCCUUUAUUGGCAGACUGACAGUUUCUUAUAAAAAUUAGCUCAAUAUACUGUUACAGUUCAGCAAGAUUUCUCAGAGAAGCGCACUUGAAUAUUGCAAGACAUAUUAUCACCAUGCCAGAUUGGAUUAACCGAUGCCUGAGAAGUAUUUUAUAUUUCUGUUGUAAAAUGAAGAUGAAAUUAUCCGUUACAUGAGUAUUUUUAAUUCACUUACUUCUCCACAUGACAUAAAUCCUUUGCUGCAGCAUAAAUGUCAAGGUCCUUUUGUGGCAUUGUAUUUCACCAUCAUUUCCACACAUCGUAAAUCAGAAAUGUUCUGAGAAAUGUUAUGGAAUAAGUUGAAUUCAAGUUGUUCGGCUUGAAGAUUUUUUUCUCUGUGUUUUUUUUAAUACUUAAAUGUAUUGGAUGCAUCAUUUUUUCUGAAUUUUGGUGCAUUUUUGCAUUUUUUUUGUUUGAGAAAAUGUUGUGACUGCAUGAAUCUCUGGAAAUGUUUUCCUUUUACAGCUUAGGCUCUCUUUCUUUGUUGGGCUGGGGACAGGUUUGUUUGUCUAAGUGUUUUGUUUUUGGUGGUAUUCGUCCUUUUUUGUCUCUUAUUUAACUUCAGCAGCAUUUGUAGGCUACUUAUCUGCUAAGUGACGCCUAAAGCAUCAGAAACAUGGUAAUUAGCCUUUAUAUGCACAUGUACAAGCUGUUGUUUGGUACUAUGUUUUUACACUGCAAUAUACAGUUUGUGCUUCUACUUUCUGUGCAACACCCACAGAGUUUGGUUAUGUCAUGGUAAAUCUAGACUAGCUUUGUAUAUUGCCGUUCAGUAGGAACAAUGUUUUUUUGUGCUUUAUGUGCUAUGAUGUCAAAGUGAGAAAAUGCACUGAGAAAUCCUGUGCUGCAACACGUCAUUGUGGCUCUUAUCUUCUCCGCUGGACCUCAGACUUAAUCAUUAGCCUGGCUACUUUGUAGGUCCUCUUUCUGUUUCUGUAUUUCUUUUUCACUUAAAUUUUUUUGUGCUCAUGUAGAUAGCUCUGACUGAUGUGUCGCCUGUUACUGUCACCUUUUUAUGCAUCAACGUUCAGGUAUCCAUUGGUGUUAUUGAUACCAGUGUUUACAGAGACAAGAGUUUACAACAGAGCAAUGUGAGUUUUUUUUUUCCUCUUUGUGGAAAAUGUUUCAGCUUUGUUAAAUACUGUUAAAACACAGAUGAACCACUUGCAGAGUAGAAUAGCAAAAGUCUUUUUGCUAUUUAAGUGCAACAGUAACAAAGUAAUGCAAUUUGAAUUGUAUGACAAUUAUGUCAAUAUUAUAACCAUAUUACAAUAUCCUAUGUCUUGAGUUUUAAAGGUAUAUAAAUUAUCUCUCUCCUUUGGAUUUCAUCUUUAAGCAUUUCAUAACCCAAAGGCACUUUUUUAUUUAAUUUACAGAAUUAAUUCUGCAGAGAUUUCCCUAUAGAUGUACUUUUAACAGAAUAAUUAAUUUAUAGAUCAUUUUAAAUGAAGUAAAUUUAUUCGGAGCACUGUUUAAUCUUUUUGUUUUGGUUUUAAAUCAACAGUGGAACUGAGAGAAGCCAAAGUUCAGAUCAGCCAUAAUGAGAGAAUAAGAAUUGUAUCUUUCUAAAGAUUGAAACACCCUGUUCCUGUGUCUUUCAAAGAGAAAUUUAUUGAAGUAGAAAUUACUUUAUAGAGAAACUAUGAACUUAUCAAUGCAUUGUUUACAUCAAUCAGUAAAUUCCUUUAUCAUACGUGUAGAAGAUGUGACUCAUGUAUACUAUCCACUACAUCUGAUUUUUUUUAUGAUGCUGAAUUGGAAAAUUCCUGAAUAGAUAUUUUUCAUUAUGUUAAGUAUUUAGUUUUUCCAUUUUUAUAAAAGCUUGUCAAACACUUUUUUUGAAGUGAACAUUACUAUUUGCAUAUUGUGUGAGGAAAAACAUCAGUAACAGCAGAUACAAAUACUGUACAGUGGGACUACAAACAGAUAUUUGUCGACUUUGUGACACAACACUUUAAAAACACAAACUGCAUCAGGAAGAUGACACAGACUCAUGGUCCUGUGGGGUCACUCAGUGGGUUUUCCACAUCUCUGAAUCCUUUAUGUGCAUUUGAGGACAGCCCACUGCUGGUUCAAGCCUCAUAAAAUGGCAGCUAAUUUGUUAUAUAAUGUAUUUUGUUUUCCAGUACCGUGAUAUAAAAAAAACAAACAUGCAUUUUACUGCCGUGAAGGGGUGCACUAUGCUCCUGUCGUUACGCUCAGCAACAGGAAACAUUAUACUCAUAGAAUAUGCAAAAUCUAGCAUUCUGCAGCACAGCUUGGCAAGUUGGUACUUUUAUGAGCUAACCCUUUAAAAAAAUUACCGGUUCAAACCUUGUUCUUUUGUGUUUUCUAUUUUGACUGUCAAAUCGGACCAAAAGAAUCCAAGUUGGCUGUAAAUGUGUGCUAUAUUUAAGAAGAAAUACGCUUCUGUUUGAACUGUACCUGAUGUAUUUUUCUUGUGUGAAGGCUUCUGUCUUUGUAUCUUUGCAUUAUUAUUUGUAAAAGAAAUUCAAAUAAAUAUAUCUGAAUGAGCAAGGA